AUGUAUAAAGACCGUCAAAAUUUUGACAAUCUCGCGUGGGAUAAGAAUGACGAAGCUGAGGAGGAGUCCCAAAUGCGACUUCGCAGGAAGGAUACUUGUCGUCAGGUUGAAAGUCUCGUCAAACAGAAAUACGGCAAAUUGGCCACAAUUGUGUCACCACUGGUUAUCGGUGGCUUGAAUAUCCAUUACAGGAUCCAUCUCGAAGGAGAAGACUCGUCCUCGGAUGUCAUGGUGCGGCUGCCCUGGCCCAGCGCAUCUUGCUUCCCUAGCGAGAAAAUAUUGUACGAGGCGGCGACAGCGGAGUUCUUGAGAUUGAACACCCAUAUCCCUAGUGCUCAGGUACUCUGUUAUAGUCAGGAGUCCAACGUCGGGCCGUUCCUCAUCCUCCGCCGGAUCGAACACAGAGGUGACAUGACGGAUGCUCUGGCCGUUCCUGAUCUGGAUCCUAAUUUGACACCCGUUCUGAACCUGGAGCUCCCCGAGAGCAAAAUUCGAAGUCUAUGGGGCAGUAUAGCUUCGUGUUUGCUGGAGAUUGUGAAACCCACUUUUCCUCUCAUCGGCUCGUUGAUCGAGGUCGAUGGAUCGUUCAGCAUUGCCGCUCGACCCCUCACUCAAAACAUGGGCAGCAUGACACAGCUCGCUCACAUUCCUCCUUCUAUCUUCCCUCUAGAACACAAGGUUUAUGCCACAGCCGACGAAUGGUACGUGGAACUAGCCAACAUGCACCUGGCACAACUUAUCUUCCAACACAACGAUCUCGUCUCGUCUGAGGACGAGGAUGACUGCCGAAAUAAAUACGUUGCUCGUCAGCUAUUCCGAAGACUGGCUAAAGAAGGCCGACUAUCGACUUUCGGCUUCGUGCAGGACGACUGGUCCGCGUCCGCCAAGACUAUGCAUCCAAUAUGUCCGGCACCAGAUACAUCGGGUCCCUUUCGCUUCUGGUGCGAUGAUUUCAGACCGGCGAAUGUUCUCUUAAGUCCAAGCCUAGACGACAGUGUAGCGGCCGUGAUUGACUGGGAGUUCACAUACGCUGCGCCCACGCAAUUUGCUCUCGAUCCGCCUUGGUGGCUCCUUUUCGAAACACCUGAAAUGUGGACUUCUGGUAUUGAGGCAUGGAGCGAGGCGUAUGAGCCAGUCUUGAGGAUAUGGCUUGAUGCGAUGCGGGAUGCGGAAAAGGGAGAUGGAGAUGGAGAUGAGUAUCUGAACGGUCUGUCACUCUCGGUGUAUAUGCGAGAGAGUUGGACGAUGGGUAGGUUCUGGGUUAAUUAUGCGGUGAGGAAGAGUUGGGCGUUUGAUGCUGUCUACUGGACGUUUUUGGAUGAGAGGUUUUUUGGGGAGAGGGGUGGGGAUGGGGAUGGGGAUGGGGAUGGGGAUGGGGAUGGGGAUGGGGAUGGGGAUGGGGAUGGGGAUGGGGAUGGAGAUGGAGAUGGGGAUGGGGAUGGGGAUGGGGAUGGGGAUGGGGAUGGGGAUGGGGAUGGGGAUGGGGAUGGGGAUGGGGAUGGGGAUGGGGAUGGGGAUGGGGAUGGGGAUGGGGAUGGGGAUGGGGAUGGGGAUGGGGAUGGGGAUGGGGAUGGGGAUGGGGAUGGGGAUGGGGAUGGGGAUGGGGAUGGGGAUGGGGAUGGGGAUGGGAAGGAGUUGUGGAAGAAGCGGGUGGAUUUAUUGAGCGAGGAGGAACGACAGGCUAUGGAGCCGUUUGUGAGAAGGAAGAUGGAGGAGUCGAAAGAGCGAAUUUUGGUUGAGUGGGAGCCGGAUGAGGCGAGGAAGAGGUUGGGGGAGUUGUUGUUUGAAUAA